AUGUCGGAUAAAUCAGCAAGCCAAGGCCAUUGGGAAGCUCAUUCACAUGCAGCAAAAUCAACCAAAAUUGGUGAUAAUCCAGCAAUAGUUACCGGCAAAGAAGCAUCAGCUGAAGGAACUUUUGAUCAAGGCAGGCCAGUGGUAACUGAUUCUCAUGAAACUUCAUUCACCAAUCAAGGCCAUCCAGAUAGAAUUGAAUACAGAGAUGAAAGUGGCAAUCAACAAAGAAGUAUUAAAUAA